GGCAUUUGCGCGUGAAAAGAAAGGUAGCGAUCUUCGAAGACAGUGCGUGAUAUCGAGCGACUGAUCUGUCCGCCGAUUGACCGUCGCGCUAAUACAAUCCUAUUUGAAUGUGCAAAUAGAUAAAAAUUGCUUGGAUUACGGUUUUUCUAAACGGUACGAAACAGUUUAAGUGACUAUUAAUUCAUUUUCGUUAAGUGUAGUUAUGAAGAUGUUAUUAUUAGUUUUAAAGGCGAUCACAAUAACGAUAGUGCCGUUAAUUAUAUUUUCACGAAGCCAGGCUUAUGGUUGCAACGAAGCAAUUUGCGCAAGUACCGUGAGCAAGUGCAUGCUAAUAAACAGCUGCAAAUGCGACUUGACUACGUGCAGCUGUUGCAAAGAUUGUUUUCUUUGCCUUAGCCUUCUUUAUGACGAAUGCUGUUCUUGUUUUGAUCUUUGUCCAAAAUCGAACGAUACACAGACUGUUCCAUUAAGUAAAAAAUCUCACGUUGAAGACUUUGAUGAACCGUUCCCAGAACUUUUUCGAGCACUGAAUGAAGAACCAGAUGAACAUAAACGGUGGAAUAGUUUUACAUAUCCAAUCAGUUUGCCAAAUAGGAUACUUUCGCCUCAACAAGAGAAAAACUUCGAAUAUUAUAUGCAAUCAGCUGAUAAAAAGUAUAAUAGCAAGACUGUGAAACUCCAGGCAGCAACUACGAACUGCACAGUUUCUUUUUUAGCUGAGUGUAAUUCUUGGAGUAAAUGCAAACAGUCUUGUCAGUCUAUGGGAGCAACGAGCUACAGGUGGUUUCACGAUGGAUGUUGUGAAUGCAUUGGUGAAUCGUGCAUUAACUAUGGUAUAAAUGAAUCCAGAUGCUCAAACUGUCCAUCAGAAACUAAGAAACUUGUAGAAGACGAUUAUGAUGAUUAUGGUCAAGAUGAAGACUAUGACAUAAUGAUUGAGGACAUAUAAAGUUAAAAAUCUUUAUUUAAAUAUUUUUUUGGUAAUCUCAAGAACCAUGCGUACAUUUAUUUGAACAAAAAUGUAUGUUGGGUUGAACGUUCAUUAUUAUUUUGAACAUAUUUUAAUAUUUUAGAUGACGAAUUGUAAGAUGAAUUUUCAUUAUUCACAUUAAACUAUAUUUUACGAUAAAUAA